CUUAAACAAAAGAACUCUUUGUUUCCCGAGCCAAUAGUUCUCUUGUUGGAAUAUUAAUAACAGUAGGUGACGUCACUGAUAUCUUUGCUAUUGGCUCAGACGUGCAGAAAUUUGUGGUUGUCGUUGGAUUGUCUCAAGAGUUGGGUCAUCCUCGGUGUAAAAACCUGACGAGGUUUUCUUUGUUUCAUAAGGGUUUGAGCUUUGAUGGCCUAUUAUUACCAGAACUUCCUUGGAACAGAUGACCUUCAAGCUGCAGCUUUUGACUACCUCAGACAGGGUUUUUAUUAUGAAGCAAUUGAUGGUUUUCAAGAGGUGAUCCGAAGGUUAUACAGAAAAAGUUGUCGUAAUGGGACUCUGCAAAACCUUGGGAAACUACGCAGAGGAUUAGCACAAGCACUUUAUUGUCACAGUGGGAACAAAUCCCAAGAUGCCUUGUGGCAAAUUGAACUCUGUAUUUCAGAGGGAAACCACGAAUAUUCUGAAGAGAGUGCAAAUUUUUGGGGAACUCUUGCUGAUAAGAGAGGCCACCAUCCCAGCGGAAGGCAGUCAGCUAUUAUUGGUUAUGAAAUUGCUCUUUACUUUGUGCCUCCAUGUAAUGUUCUCCUGACAGCUAGUCUUUUGUCUAAAAUGAUGCUGUUGUGUUGUAAGGCAGGACCAUCUUUUGCAGAGAAAGCCACAAUAUUGUUGAAGAAAGCCAAAGAAAUCCAGAUGUGUCCAUCACAGGUAAGUGUUUCUUUUUACUCUGCCUCUGUUGGUAUUAAAAAGAGACAUAUAAUAGAUUAUUCGAAUGACAUUAGAUUUUGUUAG